AUGAAAGCAAUUGUAUAUCAUGGAAGGAAUGAUGUUCGUUAUCAUGAAGACUACCCCGAACCUCAACUUGAGAGACCUACAGAUGUGAAGAUAAAGGUCCACUAUUGUGGUAUCUGUGGGUCUGAUUUGAAAGAGUAUACAGAUGGACCAAUAUUCUUUAGUCAAGAGGGUUCAAAAAACAAAAUCUCAAAUAAAUCUGCACCGCUUUGUAUGGGACAUGAGAUUAGUGGGGAAAUUGUUGAGGUAGGGAAAGAUGUUGAUAAUGUAGCAGUGGGUGAUAAAGUUGUCGUCGAAGUGACGGGUACAUGCUGCGAUAGUUUCAUGUUUCCAAAUUCACCAGGCUACAAUAUGCCUAAAUGUGAAGCGUGCCAAGAAGGGCGCUAUAAUGCUUGUUCUUACCUUGCCUUAACUGGCUUGGGAUUUGAUGAUGGUGGAUUUGCAAGUUAUUUAGUCACACACUCCAGAAAGGCUAUCAAGUUUGAUGAUGAUAUUCCUAUGGAUGUAGCUGCUUUGACGCAACCAAUAGCAGUGUCAUGGCAUGCUGUAAGGAUUUCAAAUUUUAGAAAGGGCCUGACUGCUUUGAUCUUGGGAGGUGGACCUAUUGGGCUAACCACAAUUUUUGCCUUGAAGGGUCACCAAGCUGGUCAAAUAGUAGUUAGCGAACCAGCUUUAGCAAGAAGGCGUCUAGCUGAAAAGCUCGGGGUCAAAGUUUUUGAUCCUUGUGGAAAGACAGUUGAUCAAUGCGUAGAAGGAUUGAAAGCGCUCUCUCCUAAUGGCAAUGGCUUCCAGAGCUCUUUUGAUUGCUCUGGUGUACCAGAUACAUUCAGCAUAGGGUUGAAAGCACUCAUUGUUGGAGGAACUGCGGUAAACGUUGCUGUUUGGGCACACAAGGCCGUUCCAUUUUAUCCCAUGGAUAUAACCUUUUCCGAGAAAUUGAUGACAGGAUCUAUUUGCUUUGUUAAAAAAGAUUUUGAGGAAGUUGUAAAGGCCUUGGAAGAUGGACUUAUACCUUUAGAUGAAGUGAAGUUACUAAUAACCUCCAAAAUCCACUUAGAAGAUGGCGUUGAGAAAGGUUUCAAGGAGCUACUCUAUCAUAAGGACAAGCACAUUAAAAUUUUGUUCUCUCCUAAGGACGAGUAUAAACUGACAUAA